UGGCUGACUUCACCAAUGAUCGACAGUCUAUUCGUCCAGUCAGAAGCAGGCCCGCCUCUAGGCCCCUUUAGGGGCAGCAUUGAGAGCAGAAAGCCCCGCCUUUCGCCGACGUGUGACGUCAGAGUCGCCAUGGCAAGUUAUCCAUACGGGCAGGGAUGCCCAGGAGCUGCAGGACAGGCACCGGGAGCCCCUCCAGGCAGCUACUACCCGAGACCCCCCCAUAGUGGAGGACAAUAUGGUAGUGGUUAUGGGGGUCCUGCCCCUGGAGGGCCUUAUGGACCACCAGCUGGUGGAGGGCCCUAUGGACACCCCAGUGCUGGAACUCCAGGAGGACCUUACGGUGGAGCAGCUCCAGGGGGCCCUUACGGCCAGCCACUUCCAAGUUCCUAUGGUGCACAGCAGCCCGCACCUUAUGGACAAGGUGGUGCUCCUCUCAAUGUGGAUCCUGAAGCCUACUCCUGGUUCCAGUCUGUGGACUCUGAUCGCAGCGGCUACAUCUCCAUCAAGGAAUUGAAGCAGGCUCUGGUAAACUCCAACUGGUCGUCUUUCAAUGACGAGACAUGCCUCAUGAUGAUAAAUAUGUUUGACAAGACCAAGUCAGGCCACAUUGAUGUCUAUGGUUUCUCAGCCCUAUGGAAAUUCAUCCAGCAGUGGAAGAACCUCUUCCAACAAUAUGACCGGGACCACUCAGGCUCCAUCAGCUACACAGAGCUGCAGCAAGCUCUGACCCAAAUGGGCUACAACCUGAGCCCUCAGUUCACCCAGCUCCUGGUCUCCCGCUACUGCCCUCGCUCUGUCAAUCCUGCCAUGCAGCUCGACCGCUUCAUCCAGGUGUGCACCCAGCUUCAGUUGUUGACUGAGGCCUUUCGGGAGAAGGACACUGCUGUACAGGGCAGCAUUCGGCUCAGCUUCGAGGACUUUGUCACCAUGACAGCUUCUCGGAUGCUAUGACCCAACCUCCAAGGACCUUUCCCAGCUCUCUAGCAUUGGAGAUGCAUGUGGGCUUUCUCUUCUUUUCCCAUCCCUUCUAGAAAGAGAUUCUUGCUUGCUUGAUGUAGCACAGUUCCUAAAGGUUGGAAGUCCUACAUCAGAGCCACCAGAUAGUGAGGCCCUGGCCUGUGACUACACACGUAAAAGCCUGACCUCAAAGAAUACUAGAAGUUAAUGUUCUGACAGUCCUGAUCAGUUGGAUGGCACAGCCUCGCACCAGGGGCAGCAGAUGCCAGUCAUGGCAAUGGAGUUAGCAUCUAGCCAGCUUGCUCUGGCCUCCAGCUUUCCCCUCUGUAUCCUGCUGCUAGUAGUAAGUGUUCAUCGGCCUCUUAGUAUUACUGCCUGUCUUCCCUCACCCAGGCCAUCUUAUCAGAUGAGCCCAGAGCCCAUUUUCUCCAAAAUGGAAUCUGUCUGAGAAUAAGAGAGAUUUCCCCAGGGGACCAGUGGCUUGGAUUUUCCCUCACCCACAAGUUGUUGUGUAUAAACUUCUAGGUGUCUGGGGCUGUCCCUGCUCAGGAAGCUUGGACAAAUGCCCUCUGGGCAUCUCUGGCCAGGCAGUUACACUCUGAAACUUGGACCCCGCACUUGCCUGCCAUGCUUUUGCUCAGCUUUAGUCCCCGGGGGACCUUGUCACCCCAAAUGCCAAUGCUUUCUUUUUUCUCCAGUUUUGUUUUGUUUUUUUUUCACUUGGGGCCA